GCUUGGAUUGAUCUCCAGAGUGAGGAACGCAGCCUUGCUAUUGCGAAGUGGCAGCGCAUCAUUCUUGUUGAGCCCCUUGCCUUUGGACUUGCACGUGAUUUCCAUGCUUCGAAGGCAGCAGGGUUGGGUACUGGUCCUUUUCUUAACAGCGUGGCAGAUGCCUUGGCAGUGAAAGCAACGUCUACUUUGCACUCGCGUGCGAAUGCUCUUAUGAGGUAUGUUGCCUGGGCUUCGGGCAAGACUGCGAUAGUUUUUCCUGCCGCUGAGCCUCUUGUGUAUGCUUACUUCGAUGAUGUGAAGGACAAAGCUGCACCGACUUCCUUGAAGAGUGUUCUCUCCGCUUUUGCCUUCGCAAAGUAUGUUGUGGGCUUGAAGGGUGUUGAUGAGAUUUUGGAGUCGGGUCGUGUUCGGGGCCUGGCAGCUCGGCUUUUCUUGCAGAAGAGGAAGCUCCUUCAACGAAACCCCUUGAAAGUCGAACAUGUUGCGCUGCUUGAGAGAAUUUGCUGUGGUCUUGAAGGGAGGUCCCUGCAAGAUAGGAUGGCAGCGGGCUUUUUCCUUUUCCUAGUGCACGCGAGAGCCAGGUUCUCCGAUGCCCAGCGUGUGUGCAAGCUCCUUUUUGUGCGCCUGAUCUCAGCAUAUCUCGAGGUCCACGUUUCGAGGAGCAAGACCAGCUUCUCCCUCGAGAGGAAGGUUAGGUUCUUGCCGAUGGCAGCUUGUGCUUUGGGUCUGUCGGGUCUCAGGUGGGCCGAUGCUUGGAUCGAUGUCAUGGAAGAAUGUGGGAUUCGUAUCCACGAGGAUUCGCCCCUCCUGCCGUGUCCGGGUUCCAACGGGACCUGGAGGAAUGUGCCUCUGCCGUGCGACCAGGCUUGUGUGUGGCUCAGGAGCCUGCUUGCCCAGGGAGUGGGCCCCGAUGAGUACUUGAACAAUGUGGGUACGCAUUCGUGCAAAAGAACAAUCCUCUCAUGGGCCAGCAAACGUGGUCUGCCAAGGGACCAAAGGGCCAUCUUAGGCUAUCAUACUUCGAAGUCUGCCGGUGUGGGCACGGAGCUCAUCUAUGAAGUCGAUGCUCAGUCGGCCCCCCUCAGGGCCAUGGCGUCGAUGCUGCGUGAGGUCCGCUCUGGGAAGUUCAUGCCUGACAACCCAAGAGGGCAACAGCUGGCAGAGGAAUGUGAGAGGUCCGAUGAGGAGGAUCCACCUCACUCCGAGGAUGAUAUGGCGUCGUCUUCGGGCUCCUCGGUCGACGAAGAGGAACGUGACCACUCAGAACCGUCGCCAGGACUAUGGAGAGGUGGCCGGGCAGAGUGGAUGAGCGGCGGCUGCCAGGUAGGCUUAGAAGAAGCUGAUGUCGCGGCCCUUAAACGGGCUGGCAUCACUACUCUGGCCCGGGUAGCCUUCAUGUCAAGCUAUACGCCAGGAUCGGGCGAUGACAAGGAGCUCAUCGCCGCGUUUGAGACGGCACUUGGAGGCCCGGCAAGUUUGGGGCAGAAGGCAGCCUUUCGCAGGUUGUUCCAUGAGAGCUUUGCUGUCACUACGAGUGAAAUGCGCUCGUUGGUGGAGCGGACCGAUGAAACAGCGCCUAGGAAGCUUUCGGUGCCGGAGCGCUCCGAGAGGUUCGCUGCCAUCGUGAAGAAGUUGCCGGGGUUGGACAUCCGGAAUCGAAUGGAGCCAUCAGAUGCUCUGGUGGAUGCGUGUGUCGCCAUCUAUGAGCAGAAUCGCCUCCAAUACCUGGAGUGGGAUCGUCUGACAAGCAAAGAGCACGAGGCACAGACGAGUGCCAAGAGAGAGUCGGUCUUGUCCAUUGACAGCUCGGGGAAACUCAAGACUGAGAAGCCUGACCCGGGGCGUGCAGACACGUCCAGUGAGUUCCUCAUCCACCUUGCGUUGUCCCGUCGAGGCAUUGCUUUUGAGAUGGCGAAUCUCUUAGAUUUUGUCCAUCACAGCCGUUGGGUAGAGAAGCUUCUGAGUGCACGCUUGGACGUUGUUCCUUCCUCUCACAAUCUACCAACCUUCAUGCAGUUGCAGGCUGCAGAUCGCAAGUUGUUCCAGUGCCUUGCUGAUCAGACACGUGCCGGCCUCCAGGUCACAGCAUCGGGAAGGCCUUUGGAUCAGGUGUUCGAAGCCGCCACCUGUUCAACGGAGGUUGUCAGCUUGAUGCAGCCAUUGCCUAAGGCUGCUGGCGCUGGCUCUGAGAAAGAGCGUAAUGGGCCUUACGGCUUUCCGCCGCCCCCUCCUGGAGGGAAGGGCCGUGGAAAGGGGAAGCGAGGUAAGGCUGCCGUUCGGCAGAUGAAAAUGCCCCAGGGGCUGGAAGGCUGUCGGAGCCACACGAACGGCGGAGACCCCAUAUGUUUCGGAUACGGCACAGCGUCCGGAGAGGAUGCAGUUUUCGAGCCGGGCGCUCCCGUAGUACCAGGCGUCGCUGCCUCGCAAGGCACCGGCGGGUCGGCCUCGUCGGCCGACGCAAGUUUUCCUUCAGCACAUGUGGUUCAGCCGGAGCCUAAGAGGCCGCGCGUGAGCCGUGGAGCAAACUGCUUCGUACAUUCACAUGCAGCUGAGCACGUGAGUUCUGUUUUGGCACCUCCUCUUCAUGCUGGGGGUGCCGUUUUUCCGAUUCUCUUUCAGGGUGCAAAACCACAUGAUCUUGAUCAAGCUGAGACCUUGGCUUGGGAUUUGGCAGGCCAUCAUGAGCUGACUGCUUCAGACCUUGUGCGCCUGUUCGACGCCUUGCCAAAAGAACCAUCCCCCCGCGCUGCUGAAGGCAGCAGCUUCACUGCAGGCGCGUUUGUGCAUGGCGGAGUCGUCGGCGUGCGAACGACGACUGGGAAGUAUCCUGCUUCCACUGCCUUGUUUGUGGCCUGGCUCAAACAUGCGGCCCCCGGGUGUGUCUUCUCUUCCAUUGCCGUGCUUGAUCAGAGUCCCUCUUCCAUGCAUAAGGCCACGAUGUCAUCGGUGGCCCCGUGCCUUGGAAUGGUCCGUGUCGCUCCAGCGGCAGGAGCCCAGCCCUUGGCAGAGGCCUCGGUUGAGGCAGCUCGGGUUGCUAGCGCCAACGCUAUCUAUCGGGAGACGGCUGCCUUUUGCCAAUGGCUCCUGUCCAACCAUGCUUGCGUCCAUUUCUCAGUGGAAAAUCCAUUGCACUCGUGGCUCUGGCACUUACCCUGCUUCCAAUCCUUGCUGCAGAGACUUGCCUUAGUAAGCUUCGAUGCAUGCUUGCAUGGUUCUACACGCAAGAAGGCUACAGCUUUCCUGUCCUCCCACCCAGUUUUGGGUCGCCUCAGCGGGCCCUGCCCGGGCUGCCCCAAGCAUGAUGCUUGGGUUGUGGACGGCAAUUAUGCCACCGCUUUGGAGGCCGCCUACCCAAAACUUCUCUGUGAACGGCUUGUUGCCUGCAUCGAUGACGUCGCUGCCGAGCGUCAGCUUCUUCCGAGCAAGCUUCAGACUUCUGAGCUGGCCAAUGCCCGUGCAGCAGGGCAGGUUCAGCCCCGAGGUCGCCGUUUCGCGCCUGUCAUCGGCGAAUUUGCGCAUACCGUGACAGUGGCUUCCUCCGAAGCCCCCCCGCUGAAUGCUAAGAACUGCUUGGAAAAACCUUGGUUGCAGGUGCCUGCCAAGUCUAAACUGCUGCGUGUGUCAGUUGAAAGGGGUGGUGCCGACACCCGCGCAGGUGAGCUUGGAGAUGAGCUCCAAGUGGGUGCAGCUUCUUGUCGGUUUUACACUUUCGGUGUGUAUCGAUCUCCAGAGGUUUUCGUGCGUGAGGCAAAGCAGCUUGAUCACCCCUUCGAUACUGCCAGGGCCCUUCCAGACGGACUGGUUCGCGUGCUCUUCGACCUCCUUGUGCAAGGCCCGGUGGUGGUGAUGCGACGGAGACUGGAGAAAAUCAGGCUAUGGAGACAAUGGGCUGUUGAGCUUGAGGGCGAGGAGCGUGCCCUGAAGCAAAAACUUGAACCUUCAGUGAGGCGUGUCUUGGGAGGCAAGCGCCUGUGCCUUCUUAAGCGCAUUGCCGAAUCUCUUGAUUGGCCUGACAAGCAACUUCAUCACGACUUGGAGGUGGGGUUCAAACUCACUGGCUAUAUGCCGUGUACUGGGGUCUUCCAUCCUGACGAGAAGCCGGCACUUAGCUCCGAACAAGAUUUUUGGGAAGGUGCGGCCAUCUUGAGGGAUUCUCUGUGGGACAAGGUGUCCGGCCAAGUUUGUGGUGAGCAUGCGCAAGAGCUGUGGAACGUCACUCUUGAAGAAGCAGAUGCAACAUCAAAGGCUUGGCUUGAUGGUCCUUACACUAGAGAGCAGCUCGAAGAAGUGUACCCGCAGGGAUGGUCGCCUUGUCGCCGCUUCAGCGUAAUGCACGGAAAGCUUCGCCCAAUCGACGACUUCUCCGAAUCCGGCGUGAACUCCUGUUUUGGGUGUUUCGAGCGUGUUAGCCUGAAAGCACUGGAUGAGCUUUGCUGGGUUUGCAUGCAGGUAUUCCGGUGUGCCUUGGGUUCCGGUUGGGUGAAGUUUGUGUUGAGUGACGGUACGUCCCUCGAGGGCAGGUUGCACAAGGUUUGGGCGGAUCGCGAGAAACUACGUCCACUCACGAAGACCUAUGACCUUAGAGCAGCGUACAAACAACUACCUCUUCACCCGGGAGAGAAGCCGAAAGCAGUCCUGAUUCUCAAAAACCCUACCGACGACCGGGUGUAUGCCUUUCCAUGCAACACCUUGCCUUUCGGUUCGUCGGCUUCGGUGAUGCACUUCAAUCGAGUGUCCUUGUUGCUGCAGCGGAUCCUUUGGGAAGUCGGCGUAGUAGCGGCAUGCUACUAUGACGACUACCCAACGAUGGCUCCUGCGAUGCUUAGUGGGGGCACUGAUAAUGCAGUGCAUUCGGUCAUGGACCUUCUUGGGUUCACGCUAUCGCGUGACAAAGAGCAACCUUUCAGCUCUGCUAGCGAGAUGCUGGGAGUUGUCCUGGAUACAAGUGACCCGUCCUUUGGGCACGUGUGCGUGUCAAACAAACAGGAGCGGGCUGCGGCGAUGUGUGAGACACUUGCAAGUGUGUUGAGGGAUCGGAAGGUGCUGGUUCGCGAGGUGCCCUCCCUUUUAGGGAGAUUGCAAUUUCUUGAGUCGCAGAUGUUGGGACGCACGGGCCGUCUGGCCAUUGCCGAUCUGAGGAACCUGGAGCGGGCUGCUGCAUUCAGUGUGGAGCUAAGCCAGUCCCAGUUUGAUGCGGUUGCCUUGCUACGUGCUCGCCUUUUGAAGGGGGUCCCCCGUCAGCUUUCAGCGAGCCCUGCUUCUGCCCCAGUCCUCGUGUUUACCGAUGGAGCAUGCGACCCCUGUGGAAGUUCCUUUCAUGCGGCUGUGGGAGGCGUUCUCAUUGCGCCGGGGUCGAAGCCCCGUGUCUUUGGUGCCAAAGUUCCUGAGGCCUUGAUCCAACGGUGGGCACGGGGGCGCAAGCACAUCAUAGGCCAGGUUGAGCUGUAUGCCGUGGUCUUAGCCAGGGUCUUGUGGUCCAGGGCAAUAGGAGGGAACAGGGUUUUCUUCUUCGUGGACCAUACGGGUGUCCACAGCUCCUGUAUUAACGGGAAUGCGGCCGAUACCUCCUGGCGUGAGCUGCUCAUGCAACUAGAGGCUGCGGAUGAGGCGGCGCCGUGCCUAGCAUGGUUCCACAGGGUUGCCAGUGAAAGCAAUCCUUCCGAUGCCCCCUCCCGGGGUGAGUGGGAGAAACUGCGGUACCUAGGGGAUUUCUUGCGCGACGAGGUCAAAUGUCCGAUGACCUAUUGCACUCUUGAAAGCACUUGA